CUCCCUUUAAUUUCCCAUGACUCCCCGCGUACUCAAGCCCCGCCCUCAGGCCCUCAGCCCCGCCCCGAAGUUUGAGGGGUGUGGAUGGUUUGUGACCCCCUCUUCCGACUCUACCCCUUACGGGCUGGGAGAACUGAGCUUGCUGGCCAGGGACCGGGCAGCCUUUCGGCUCAGGUGGGCCCACGGACUUCUCUCCGGCGCCGCGGGAAUAGGACCGCCCAACGCGGAGCCUGCGCCUCAGAAAACGCAGGGUCGGGACCCCUCCUCACCGCGCCGUCAGUGUCGCUCACAGGCUGAGGAGAGAGCAGAGGCCUCUGAGGCCGGAGACCUGGGGUCCUGCCUGGGCCCUGCCCCCGAAAGUUCCCUGUGUCUGUGCCAGUCGUUUUCGCGUCUCUUCGCCGCAGUUUCCUUUUCUGUAAAUCAGGGUUGGUGACAUUAACCUUCUUAUUACCAUCAGGGGCUAGUCUGGGGAGCGAGAAGUAACUGCUACCAUUUAUUGAACGGUUGCCAUGUGCCAGACCCUGUGCUAGGUAUCUUGCUUCGAUGAUUUCCCGUCACCGUCAAAACAACCUUAUGAGGGCCCAUGUUCUAAGUAAGGAUGUGGAAGCUAUUCAGAUGUUGACAUGUCACGCACAUAUUCUUUGAGCAGUUUCUAUGGCAUCAUGCCAGGCACUGGGGUACAGAGAAAAAUACUUGUCAUCCAGAAGUCUAGUAGGGAGAGAUGGACAAGUAGAUGAGUGUAAUGAAAUGUUAUAGGUAUCGUGAGAAUAGUUUAUUAAUGAUAAUCAUCCGAUCGGAUUUGCCCGGGACAGCUGUGAAAACAGCACACUCUCCAAGGGAAAGAGUAGGUCCUCUAAGGAGCAAAAGAAAGGUUUUCCUGCCUUUCUAAGGAACUACCAAGGGAGAAACUACACGGUACGAGAAGAGAGAGACAGUGUCGACCCAGUCAGCAGCCAGGCCAUGGAGCUCUCUGAUGUCACCCUCAUUGAGGGUGUGGGUAAUGAGGUGACUGUGGUGGCAGGUGUGGUGGUGCUGAUUCUAGCCUUGGUCCUAGCUUGGCUCUCUACCUACGUAGCAGACAGCGGUAGCAACCAGCUCCUGGGCACCAUUGUGUCAGCUGGCGACACAUCCGUCCUCCACCUGGGACACGUGGACCAUCUAGUAGCGGGCCAAGGCACCCCAGAGCCCACUGAACUUCCCCAUCCAUCAGAGGGUAAUGACGAGAAGGCUGAAGAGGCUGGCGAAGGUGGGGGAGACCCCACAGGGGAGCCCGGAGCCGGGGGUGGCGUUGAGCCGAGCCUUGAGCAUCUGCUUGACAUCCAAGGCCUGACCAAAAGACAAGCGGGCCCAGAAAGCAGCAGUCCAGAGGCCCCCCUGAGACCUGAGGAUGGCAGCUGCCUCCCCCCCAGCCCUGGCCUCAUCAAUGUGCGGCUCAAAUUCCUCAAUGACACCGAGGAGCUGGCUGUGGCCAGGCCGGAGGAUACUGUGGGUGCCCUGAAGAGUAAAUACUUCCCUGGACAAGAGAGCCAGAUGAAACUGAUCUACCAGGGCCGUCUGCUGCAGGACCCAGCCCGCACACUGCGUUCUCUGAACAUUACCGACAACUGUGUGAUUCACUGCCACCGCUCUCCCCCAGGGUCAGCUGUUCCAGGCCCCUCAGCAUCCUUGGCCCCCUCUUCGGCCACUGAACCCCCCAGCCUUGGCGUCAGUGUGGGCAGCCUCAUGGUGCCCGUGUUUGUGGUGCUGUUGGGUGUGGUCUGGUACUUCCGUAUCAAUUACCGCCAGUUCUUCACAGCACCUGCCACCGUCUCCCUGGUGGGGGUCACCGUCUUUUUCAGCUUCCUAGUAUUUGGGAUGUACGGACGAUAAGGAUAUAGGGAGAAAAUGAAAGGCAUGGUCUUCCUUCUUUAUGGCCUCCCCCCUUUCCUGGCCAGAGCUGGGCCCAAGGGCUUGGGAGGGAGGGGUGGAAAGGAUGCGGUGGGUCCUCCUCCUCAGGACAUAGGAGGCAGGUACAGGGCCUCCCCUUCACGUCCACGAGGGUACAGACGCCCCCUCUGUGCAAGCACAACUCAGGUAGAAAACGAGGACGUCAUCUUCUUUCACUUUUAGGGUCCAGAAAUUCAGAGCUGAGCUGGCGGUCUAGCUCAGUGGGCAGCCGGGGCUCGGAGGAUUCCCUCCCAGCUGUGGCCCUAGCUCUUUCCAUUGUCUUGCAUGUCUGCUCCUCAGUACCCAGGGCUGCCUGCCAGGGCAGCUCAGCAUGGCCCCAGCAUACUUCUGUAGGGAGCCUGGAGUAUUUUUCUGUUUCUUAAGGGAAUAUCCAUCUUUUGAGACUAAAGUCACACAGCAGGAAUGAAGGUUGUGUCCGCUUCCCCUGUAGGCACCUAGCCGCCUCUACCUUCUCCCUCCACCCCUGUAGCAGGAAUAGGGUGUUCUCUGUGUUCUGGAUAGUUUCCAGUGUUCUCCCCUUUUUCAAAGCACUUUGCUUGUAUUUUUUUUUUUUUUUUAAUAGUCCUUUAUAGAGCUCAGUCAGGAAGGGGAGUGCGGCACAAAGCCAAGCCCCCAGCAUUGGGAGAGGCCAAGCCACAGCUGCUGCUACCCUAGGCCUAAGGCUGUAAGCAAGAGACAGCUCUGGCCCUCAGCCAGUGUCCUACCCUGCCCAGCUCCAAGGACGAGCUCUGGGUAUGGAGCCCUGGGCCCCAGGCCCUUGCCUCUGGGGCUCAUGGAUGGAGGGUCAGUGUCUGUGACUAAAUAAAGUUCCGUUUUGUGGCUGUGGAGCCUCCUUCUGUGA